UUUUGUUUUUCUUUUAGCCGGCAUUUAUUUUUUCUGCUCUUAAUUGCGUAAAUUCUUAUAAUCCUCGCUUUAAUGGCUCUGCAAAAGUUAAACCUUAUUCCAUUCAACCUAACAAAUACCUCCAUGAGAUUCUUUCAUGCAACCACAACAAAAUGUAAAACAUUUCGUCAAAUGUAUCGUGACUUCUGGACACCUAAACAAGCUAAUCAACCACCCUAUGGCCAUUUCACACAAGUUGGAGAUCCUGUGUUACGUGCUGCAGCCGCUGAAGUACCUAAGGAUAUGUUAAAUAGUAAAGAAAUCGAUUUGAUUGUGGAUCAAAUGAUUAAAGUUUUACGAAAGUACGAUUGUGUAGGCAUUGCAGCACCACAAAUUGGUGUAUCUUUGCGUAUUAUUGUCAUGGAAUUUAGAAAGGAUUUGGAUAAAAAAUUUACAAAGGAAGUGUAUGAGGCUCGGAAGAUGUCACCACUGCCAUUGACGGUCAUGAUUAAUCCCACCUUAAAAGUUACAAACUACACCAAACAUAAGCAUCCCGAGGGCUGUAUGAGUGUUCGUGGCUAUUCCGCUGAAGUUGAACGCUAUGAAGGUGUCACCUUAACGGGUAUAGGUAAACGGGAUACACCCUCCGAGCUACAACUAACAGGUUGGAAUGCACGCAUAGCACAACAUGAAAUGGAUCAUUUAGAUGGCAAACUAUAUAUAGAUCAAAUGGAUCGUUCAACAUUUUACUGCACCUGUUGGGAGACGGUCAAUUCAAAAGCUGGACGUGUGGAAAUACCAUUUUAUAAAUAGAAAAAAAAAUACUUUCGGGGGGGAAAUUUUUACAUUAAAAUUUUCUAAAAAAGAAUUUUAGUUUGAGUUUUAAAAUCAAGAGAUUAUAUUAGGUGCAAUUUUAAAAUGUUAUUACUUUUGUUAUUAAUUAUUGAAAAAUAAAGUCUUUUUGUAAAUUUAA